AUGUGCAAAGAAGUUGACGAUGCCAAUGGAAGCAAUGAUGAACUUCCGAAGAUGAAGACAGAAUUACCAGAGCCAUAUGAUCCUUCAAAUAAACCAGAUGAAAACGACACAUUAAGGACUCCGGCUCAUUCUACAAAUUUAGCAGAAAAAUCAACCGCAGUUGCUCAAAGCAAAGGUAAUCCAAUCGAAGAUCUUUCAGUUUCUUCAUAA